GACAGGUGCACACGCAAUCCUCCAUCUUGGGCAUCACAAACUGAGGCAAAAGGGCAUCAACCAUAUACAUUCAAUACAAAUACAAAUCUGACCGCGCGUAGAGAAAAAUAGGCAUGUACUCGAAAUGUAAAUUAGAGGUAAAAAUCAACAACUGCUACUUCGAAUGAAUGACGGACGAGGGAGACCAGAAUGAAGAAUAUCGACUGCGUAUGGUCAAGGAAGACUAACGACCUUUUACACUGUCAGCUUUUACCUGUCUAGUAACGAAUCAACUAUUAAAGAAAACAAAAUGCACCCUUCGUUUUAUUAGAUCUGGCAGUUACUAUUCUUCUCUGCAACCUUUACCAAAAAGUUGACUGGACCUCUUCAAAGGCUCAGGGGUUGACCGAGAUGGGCGUCAAGAAGCUGGCCAUCCUUCUCCUCGCCUUCUUGGUCUGGAUAGAGGGAGGAUCCACUAAAGAAAAAGGGACAAAGAAAGGGAAGAAGGGGAAGCAAGUCUACUGUCCUUCACAGCUGACACCUGAGGAUCUGGCACGGGUCCCUGAGAAUUCAACCAGUAACAUCUUGAACAGAUUACUGAUCACAUAUGAUCCUCGAAUCAGGCCCAACUUCAAAGGCAUUCCUGUGGAGGACAAAGUGAACAUAUUUAUAAACAGCUUUGGGUCAAUCCAGGAGACCACUAUGGAUUACAGAGUGAACAUCUUUCUGAGGCAGCGAUGGAAUGAUCCCAGACUCAGGCUACCUCGGGACUUUAAGUCUGAUUCACUCACCGUUGAUCCCAAGAUGUUCAAAUGCCUGUGGAAGCCUGAUUUGUUCUUCGCUAACGAGAAGAGUGCCAACUUCCAUGACGUCACCCAGGAGAACAUUCUCCUCUUCAUCUUCCGCAACGGUGACGUCCUCAUCAGUAUGAGGUUGUCUGUCACUCUAUCCUGUCCUUUGGACCUGACCCUGUUCCCCAUGGAUACGCAGCGCUGUAAGAUGCAGCUGGAGAGCUUUGGCUAUACAACGGAUGACCUGCAGUUUAUGUGGCAGUCAGGAGACCCUGUCCAGAUGGAGGAGAUCGCCCUGCCCCAGUUUGAUAUCAAACAGGAGGACAUAGAGUAUGGUAACUGCACCAAAUUCUAUGCAGGGACAGGCUACUACACAUGUGUGGAGGUGAUAUUCACCCUGAGGAGGCAGGUGGGCUUCUACAUGAUGGGUGUCUAUGCCCCCACACUGCUCAUUGUGGUCCUCUCCUGGCUCUCCUUCUGGAUCAACCCUGAUGCCAGCGCUGCCAGGGUCCCUCUGGGGAUCCUCUCGGUGCUCUCCCUGUCUUCUGAGUGCACGUCCCUGGCGUCAGAGCUGCCCAAGGUUUCCUACGUGAAGGCCAUCGACAUCUGGCUGAUCGCCUGCCUACUGUUUGGCUUCGCCUCCCUGGUGGAGUACGCCGUGGUGCAGGUGAUGCUCAACAGCCCCAAGCGCAUCGAGGCUGAGAAGGCCAAGAUGGCAUCCAAGGUGAAGGCAGAGGGUAAGGAGAAGGCGGCAGGCAAGAACAACACGGUCAAUGGUACCAGCGAGACGCCCUGUCAUGUCAGCACACUGCAGGGGGCAGAGAUCCGGUGCAAAAAGGUGUGCACCUCCAAAUCGGACCUGCGCACCAACGACUUCAGCAUUGUUGGCUCACUGCCGCGGGACUUUGAGCUCUCGAACUUUGACUGCUACGGGAAGCCCAUUACCUUGCCCCACGGCCUGAGCAAAAGCCAGGCCAAGGCCAAGAAACCGCCGCCGCCCAAGCCCAUCAUCCCCUCAGCUGCCAAGCGGGUCGACCUCUAUGCCCGAGCCCUCUUCCCCUUCUCCUUUCUCUUCUUCAACGUCAUCUAUUGGUCCGUGUACUUGUGAUCAGGGAUAGAAGUGAAGGGUUUUAGGCCAGCUUGGCUAGUAGACCACAUCUUUGCUUGUGAUCAUCUCGUAUUUUGAUCCAUUCUUCCUUAAUUUUUCAAGUUAUUGAUUUGUUGAUCUGUUUAUAUUAAUCUAUAUAUUAUUAACUAUCAUUAUUGGCACUAGAACAAUUAUAUCAUCCAUGAAUUCAUAAUUAUUGGCACUAGGAAGAGCGAGCAUCCAUCAUAGGUGUAAUUUGUGAGAUGAAUGAUAUAAAUUAUUUGACAAUUUGAAAAUCAAUAAAGAAUAAAAAAUAUUAACAAUUUAUGGAAAAAGAAUACUGAUGUAGUACUUAGUUAAAAGAAAUCAUAAGACACAGUACAAAUAAUUGUAAAUUGGUCUCCAUGUUUGAACUAGCAGGGUUUUAACGCAGACAGUCCUAGAAUUUCAGAACGCAUUCUGAUAUGUUAAAGAAAUUGCAUUGUGAAACCCAAACGUAUUAUGUCGAAGUCUCUCAAACGCUCUGGAGAACCGCACCAGGGUACCUCAUUUCAAACGCUCUGGAGAACCGCACCAGGGUACCUCAUUUCAAACGCUCU